UCUCCAAUUUUAAAUUCUCCGAAAGCACAAAGCCAGCGACUUUCCCGAUUCCACGGCGAAGCUUCUUCACGAUGCAGAAGAUGGCGCAGGAAUGGUUUUCGCAGACCGGCAGCGGCGUCGACGACUCGCAGAAGCCGUCGUCGUCUUCUUUGCUGGCCGAUUGGAACUCCUACGCCGCUUCACAAUCCACUGACGAGAGCUCCUCUUUGGGACUCGGAUUCGAUCUCGAAUCUGCGGUGCGCUCUGCUAACGACACAGUUUCCGGCACUUUCAGCGUGGUUUCAAAAGGAGUGAGAGAUAUACCUGGGAGCCUCCAGUCUGCUACUAGUAAUGUCCCUUCAGGAAAAGCUCUCAUGUAUUUUGGCUUGUUUCUAGCCACUGGGGUGUUCUUUGUUUUUAUCGCAUUUACCAUGUUCCUUCCUGUCAUGGUGUUGAUGCCUCAGAAGUUUGCUAUCUGCUUUACACUUGGGUGUGCCUUUAUUAUCGCAUCAUUCUUUGCACUCAAGGGUCCAAAGAAUCAGCUUGCUCACAUGUCUUCAAAAGAGAGACUUCCGUUUACCGUUGGAUUUUUAGGCAGUAUGGUGGGUACCAUAUAUGUAUCCAUGGUACUUCACAGUUACAUCCUCUCUGUUUUCUUCUCUGUGUUACAGGUUCUGGCACUUGCAUACUAUGCUGUUUCAUACUUUCCUGGUGGAUCUGCGGGUUUGAAGUUCCUCUCUUCUGCCCUUACAUCUUCAGUAAUGCGAUGUUUUGGGAGGUGACUCUGACCUAUUUGUUGCCUUGUAUAUUUCUUACUUACGAUUUUUGGUCAGUCUAGUUGAACUUGUGAACAGCCUGAGACAUAUUUCUGAGUGGCAUCUAUCAUGUUUAAAAUCUUGGGAGUUUAAUUCUUGUUCACUU